CCAUUUUGUUAGCUAGCUUGAGGUUAAGGAGGUUAGCCGACGCUCAAAUAUGGUCUGUCUGGUUUGAUUUCCUGCUUACAUUUCAACGACUGGGAUAAGUAGUUAAUAUUGUUUUUUCCGUACUCCGCUUGACCAUUCGUCCUUUGACUGAAAGGGGAUUUUUAUUAUUGCCGACAGUAAACACAGCGCGAAACAGACUGGUCAUUCAUUUAACAAGCUGUCUUGAGUUUGCUAGCUUAUUAGCUAGCAUGCUAAGUUGCACACGCGUGUAGUUAGUGGCGAUAAAAAUAUACCGAGCUGUUACUGCCGUUACGUAUUAAAUGUUCAGGACUUUGGGAGUGGGUGUUCGUCCACCAAGCUCACGUUUGACUGCUUUUGUGUUUUCCUCUUAGUGCGUAAAAGUAAACUUUAGCGAGAAUCGACCCCCGCUAACAACUCGUGUGGAGCACUCUUGUGUUUACUAAUAACUUGGGCUUUGUCAGCUGAUUCCUCUUUGGACCAGCGCUUAGCCCUUUAGAGACAUGUCAGAGUUGUAUAUCCGAGUGGCUGAGGAUGAAAACGAGGAGCCGAUGGAGAUCCCGUCCGAGGACGACGGGACUGUGUUGCUUUCAUCCGUGGCAGCCCAGUUUCCAGGCGCGUGCGGGCUGCGGUACAGGAACCCUGAGUCCCAGUGCAUGAGGGGGGUCCGGCUGGUGGAGGGGGUCCUGCAUGCACCCGAGAGUGACUGGGGGAACCUGGUCUACGUCGUCAAUUACCCCAAAGAUAAUAAAAGGAAGAUGGAUGAAAUAGAUGCUGCGUCGGCUGUCAAAAUCAAAAGGGGUUUUCAGAAAACGUCGGAUCUCAUUGUCCUCGGGUUGCCAUGGAAAACAACUGAACAGGAUCUAAAAGAUUAUUUCACUACUUUUGGGGAGGUCAUCAUGGUGCAGGUCAAGAGAGAUGCAAAGACUGGCAACUCAAAAGGGUUUGGCUUUGUCCGAUUCACCGAAUAUGAGACACAAACCAAAGUCAUCGGUCAGAGACACAUGAUUGAUGGACGAUGGUGCGACUGCAAACUCCCUAACUCAAAGGCAUGUCCAGAUGAGCCCAUGAGGAGCCGUAAAAUCUUUGUUGGCCGCUGCACCGAGGACAUGACCACCGAUGACCUGAGGCAGUACUUCAUGCAGUAUGGUGAAGUCACUGACGUCUUCAUCCCAAAACCUUUCAGGGCUUUUGCCUUCGUUACGUUUGCAGACGACCAGGUUGCCCAAGCCCUGUGCGGAGAGGAUUUGAUCAUCAAGGGCAUCAGUGUCCACAUCUCCAACGCUGAGCCCAAACACAAUAAUAGUAGGCAAAUGAUGGAUCGAGGGCGGUUUGGGGCUGGCGGGUUCAGUCAGGGCUAUGGCAGUAAUCGCGGUGGGCUGGGCAGCGGUAGUGGUGGGGUUAACUUCGGGGCUCUCGGCCUUAACCCGGCAAUGGUUGCAGCUGCUCAGGCGGCGUUGCAGAGCAGUUGGGGCAUGAUGGGCAUGUUGGCUAACCAGCAGGGUCUGACCACAACAACAGGCACAGCCACCACCACCCGAGACCAGACCUAUAGCUCUGCCAGCACCAGUUACAGCAGCCCCAGCUCUGCUAGCCUGGGCUGGGCUGCAGGCACUAACACCGCCUCCAGCAGCGGCUUCAGCUCCGGCUUUGGCACCUCCAUGGAGUCCAAGUCAUCUAGUUGGGGAAUGUAGAUAGCAUCCAGUUGACCUUUUCUGUUUCUGUUAGACUAAUCUGGUAAGUAUACCAAUGGGCGGGCUGCUCCGAUCUUAAGUUCCUAUUAUUUGAGAAUACACUGCCUUUUUAUUUUGUUACACAGAAAAUUUAUAUAUGGCUGAUUAUGAAGUCAUGCAUUGAAUGGGUGCAAAGUUUAUUAGUGGAAACCGCCACACUACGUUUUUUCUUUUUGAGGAAAUGAUACACAGAGAUGACUGUGCAUGCAAAGUAUAUAUUUCUAAACAUGCACGAGUAUCUCACAAGUCCCCCUCAGCCCCUUGUACAAUGGGCCUGGUUUAUUGUAAUGAUGUAUCUGUAUGCAGUUGAUUGCAUCUUUUUUGUUUGUUUUUCUGUUUGACGUCUUACGGAAACGCCUUUAUGAAAAUCUCUUCUGCAGUUCACCAACUCUUUCCCAUAUUCCCGGGAGGAAGCGCCUCAUUGGCUGCAAUGUUCGACCGAUCUCAGUAUCAGUUCCCCUCUUCCCAUGUGUAAAUGCUUUGUCAUCAAAGAACACAGCUUCACUCUGCAUAUACUGUGUUAGACGGUGGGUGUUGUCUUUUUUUCCUCUCCCCUUUUUUACGGAUAUAGAAAUCCUGUCUGCUUUUGUCACUUUUUCGAGAUCGAUGAGUGGGAUUGGUGUUGGACAGAGUGAGACUGAGAGUGAGCGAACGGGAGAGCAAAAUGAAAGGAAGCACGUGUGAGAAGUUUUUUGUUUUUUUAGAAAAAAAGCGACAAAUGCCUGCGAGAGUUGAGAAGAACCUGUGGCUUUGUGCGAGUGUGAGAGGAAGAAGCAGGUACGAGUGUGUUCCUAAUGGCCAUCACAAGGACAUUUAACUGCGUCUCGAGAUCCCUAAGGUCUCCUUUCUCUCAUCGUUCCCUCUCAACCUUAAUCCUUUAAAAACACAGUGAAAUGUCAAGUGCUUUGAGUAUUUGUAUACUUUGCUAGCUUUUUUCUUGCUGUCUGAUUUGAUGUGAAUGCUGUGUCUGGUUGUGUGCUUUAUUUUCUCCUUGUUACCACCCUCUCUGUGAAAAUGUGAUUUUUGUGCUGGUGAAGUCUGUGUGGGAGUAAAACACUGGGGGGAGCUUGAAAGUGUGUUGAGCUCAAGAGGUUGAUGUGGUGAGUGUCUGACAAGUUCCCAAUGAAAGUUUGUGUUUGAAGCGGAUACGAAUGCAUUUUCUAUGUUUUGUGAAUCAAAGGGAAGUCUGAAAUAAAGCUGAUUUUGACUAGGUAUAACA